AUGGAGGAGAACCACACUGGAGUCCUGGCAAACCAGGCACUAAACUGUGAGGUGCCCCCACCUGGAACAGGAGCGCAGAACGGGGGUGUCAAGAGGAAGUUCCUGCUGCUGCUGCUGCUGCUGCUGCUGCUGCAGAACCUGGAGGAGCAGGGGAUGGCCGAGCACCCUGAUGGGCCUCAGAGGGGCCACGGAGGGCUGAACCAGCUGGGAGGGGCCUUCGUGAACGGCAGACCCCUGCCCGAAGUGGUGCGCCAGCGCAUCGUGGACCUGGCCCACCAGGGCGUGAGGCCCUGCGACAUCUCCCGCCAGCUGCGCGUCAGCCAUGGUUGUGUCAGCAAGAUCCUUGGCAGGUACUACGAGACUGGCAGCAUCCGGCCUGGGGUGAUAGGUGGUUCCAAGCCCAAGGUGGCUACCCCCAAGGUGGUGGAGAAGAUCGGGGACUACAAGCGACAGAACCCCACCAUGUUUGCCUGGGAGAUCCGAGAUCGGCUCCUGGCUGAGGGCGUCUGUGACAAUGACACUGUGCCCAGUGUCAGCUCCAUCAACAGAAUCAUCCGGACCAAAGUGCAGCAGCCGUUCAAUCUGCCCAUGGACAGCUGCGUGGCCACCAAGUCCCUGAGCCCAGGACACACUCUGAUCCCCAGCUCGGCCGUGACGCCCCCGGAGUCACCUCAGUCCGACUCCCUGGGCUCCACCUACUCCAUCAACGGGCUGCUGGGCAUCGCCCCGCCUGGCAGCGACAGCAAGAGGAAGAUGGAUGACAGUGACCAGGACAGCUGCCGGCUGAGCAUCGACUCCCAGAGCAGCAGCGGGGCCCGCAAGCACCUCCGCACGGACGCCUUCAGCCAGCACCACCUCGAGCCCCUCGAGUGCCCCUUCGAGCGGCAGCACUACCCCGAGGCCUACGCCUCCCCCAGCCACACCAAAGGCGAGCAGGGCCUCUACCCGCUGCCCCUGCUCAACAGCACCCUGGAUGAUGGGAAGGCCACCCUGACCCCUUCCAACACACCGUUGGGGCGCAACCUCUCGACUCACCAGACCUACCCUGUGGUGACAGGGCGAGAGAUGGUGGGGCCUACGCUGCCCGGAUACCCACCCCACAUCCCCACCAGUGGACAGGGCAGCUAUGCUUCUUCUGCCAUCGCAGGCAUGGUGGCAGGAAGCGAGUACUCCGGCAAUGCCUACGGCCACACCCCCUACUCCUCCUACAGCGAAGCCUGGCGCUUCCCCAACUCCAGCUUGCUGAGUUCCCCCUAUUAUUACAGUUCCACAUCGAGGCCGAGCGCGCCGCCCACCACCGCCACGGCCUUUGACCACCUGUAG